AGCUGAAAGAGUCUUCGCUGGCGGCCGGUAACUGACGGGAACGGCCGAGUGUGGCUCCUCUGGUGUUUCCGCUUGGGGAGAGAGGGGCGGCCUUCCUUUUGCAGCCGAGGCCGGCGCCGGGCUGGACUUCAGCCCGGUCUCGUGGCGGAGCCCAUCUUGCUCCGUCUCCCAGGCCUUUACCUGCUUCCUAGGAUUCCCAGGGCCCUGUGGGUGGGAAUUGGGAGACGUGAGUUUUCUUCCAUUCUGCGCCUCUCAUUGGCUCUCUGACCUUGUGCGGAACGCGCCCUUUAGCUGACCUCAGCUGCCUUUUUUAGAAGAUGGAGAUUGUAUUCACAGUGACUGUCACUUUCUUAACGGCGGGAACUGACGUUGUAUUAAACGCUGUCUUGUAUCGCUGGCACAGCACAAGGACAGUAUAGGUGUUAUGUACUCACUUAUUUUGGGUCACAAACCCUUUGAAAACCUGGUGUUACUUCCAAGAUUUCUGUCCUGAUGCCCAUCUGUGGAUCCCAGAGUCUGGACAGUACUGCUUUUAAAGAGACAGUGUUAGGGAUCUUGGAAGCACAGCCAACAUGUGUGACAUUGAAGAAGCCACUAACCAACUCCUAGAUGUGAACCUUCAUGAGAACCAGAGCUCUGUACAAGUGACGGAAAGUGACCUCAGAAGUGAAUCUGAGCUUCUAGUCACUAUUGGAGCCACUGUACCUACUGGCUUUGAGCAAACAGCUGCAGAUGAAGUGAGAGAGAAACUUGGGUCAUCAUGCAAAAUCAGCAGAGACCGUGGCAAGAUAUAUUUUGUCAUUUCAGUGGAAAGUCUGGCACAGGUUCAUUGUCUUAGAUCAGUUGACAACUUAUUUGUGGUGGUUCAGGAAUUUCAAGAUUACCAAUUCAAACAAAUAAAGGAAGAAGUUCUAAAGGAUUUUGAAGACUUGGCUGGAAAACUCCCAUGGUCAAACCCCUUAAAAGUGUGGAAAAUUAAUGCCAGUUUUAAAAAGAAAAAAGCAAAGCGCAAAAAGAUAAAUCAGAAUUUAAGUAAAGAGAAGAUUAAUAAUGGACAAGAAGUCAAAAUCAAUCAGAGAAAUGUUAAAAAAGAGUUCACUAGCCAUGCUUUAGAUUCUCAUAUCUUAGAUUAUUAUGAAAAUCCAGCCAUCAAAGAGGAGGUGUCAACAUUAGUAGGUGAUGAUUUGGCAUCUUCCAAAGAUGAGACUGAUGAAAGCUCAAAAGAAGAAACUGAGCCUCAAGUGCUAAAGUUUAGAGUCACAUGCAACAGGGCAGGAGAGAAACAUUGCUUUACCUCAAAUGAGGCUGCAAGAGAUUUUGGGGGUGCUGUUCAAGAUUAUUUUAAGUGGAAGGCUGAUAUGACCAACUUUGAUGUGGAGGUUCUUUUGAACAUCCAUGAUAACGAAGUCAUUGUGGGCAUUGCAUUGACUGAAGAGAGUCUCCACCGAAGAAAUAUAACACAUUUUGGACCUACAACUCUUAGAUCAACUCUUGCCUAUGGGAUGCUCAGGCUCUGUGAUCCUCUACCUUAUGAUAUAAUAGUUGAUCCGAUGUGUGGAACUGGGGCAAUACCAAUAGAGGGGGCUACUGAAUGGACUGACUGUUUCCAUAUUGCUGGUGAUAAUAAUCCACUGGCUGUGAAUAGAGCAGCAAAUAACAUUGCAUCUUUAUUGACCAAGAGCCAAAUUAAAGAAGGCAAACCAUCCUGGGGCUUGCCCAUAGAUGCUGUUCAGUGGGAUAUCUGUAAUCUGCCAUUGAGAACUGGUUCUGUGGAUAUUAUUGUAACAGAUUUGCCAUUUGGAAAAAGGAUGGGAUCCAAGAAAAGAAACUGGAACCUUUAUCCAGCUUGCCUACGGGAGAUGAGCCGUGUCUGCACACCUACCACGGGCCGAGCUGUACUACUUACUCAAGACACAAAAUGCUUUACCAAGGCAUUAUCUGGAAUGCGACAUGUAUGGCGAAAGGUGGAUACGGUCUGGGUGAACGUUGGUGGUCUUCGUGCUGCAGUUUAUGUACUGAUACGUACACCUCAAGCUUUUGUUUAUCCUUCAGAACAAGAUGGAGAAAAAGGAACUCUUUGGUAAUACAAAGUUCAAUGAAGAUGACUAAUAGUACUUGUACUUCCCACCACUGGAAAUGUUAGCAUAAAGAACUUGCAGAGAAAAAUAGUAUUAACAAAAGUGCAGUCUGCACUCUUUAAACCUGUUUAAGGCUCUUCAUCCUGGUUAGCAAAAGGUGUGAAUGUAACGUGAUGGAAUUUAAAAGUUUUAUGAGACCAGGCACAGUGGCUCACGACUGUAAUUCCAGCAGUUUGGGAGACUGAAGUGUGCAGAUCACCUGAGGUCCAGAGGCCAGCCUGGCGAACAUGGUGAAACCACGCCUCUUCUAGAAAUACAAAAAUUUUGUCGGGUGUGGUGGUGGGCGCCUGUAAUCCCAGCUACUCAGGAGGCUGAGGCUAGAGAAUCACUUGAACCCGGGUGGUGGAGGUUGCGGUGAGCCGAGAUCACACCAUUGCACUCCAGCCUGUGCAACAAGAGUGAAACUCCGUCUCAAAAAAAAAAAAAAUUUAUAAGAAGGAGCUUUUCCUUGAAGCUCUUGUGAAGUGGUAGCUUAAUAAGUAUUUUGUUGAAAAUACUUUCAAGGUGCCUAGUGAAAAGCCUACUAAAGUACUCUGAGAUUGGAGUUUAGAACAUUUUAUUUUCAGGCUUUAUAGCCUAUUUUCCAUUGUGUCAAGUGCAAAGCUACUCUGGCCCAAAGGAAAGGCAGAGAACAUAAUUAUAUCUUAGGCCACAUUUCAUUGUCUUUGCAGCUUUGCUAAUCCAGUUGCUCAAGUUCUUUACCUCAAUCUGAAGGAAUGAAGCAUUACAUUUUGUGAAUGGUGUUCAGCCUGUAAGACAAAAUCUCACAAGACCUAUAGGAGAGUUUACCAUCUGCCUUAAAUAUUAAAAUAUCCAUCUGUUACUCAGAUUAACACAUAGAACGAAAAUAGAGGUCUAGGAAUUAUCAAAAGGUACUGCAAAAAUACUGUUAGUAUAUAACAUUUCUAUUUGUAAAUAGCACAUACAUUGAUAGAUGGGGUAUGGGACCAACAAACCAAAUUAAAAGAAAUUGUUUUUCUUUCAGUACACUAAGGUGUGUUUUCAAAACCAAACACAAGCCUGUCAGAGUAUUUGUUGGCUAGUUUCUUAAAAGGCCAAGAGAAAAAAGCUGAUAUCUUUGGAAAACUUUUGGGAGUUACGUGAGUUUGUUACUUUCUCCUGGAUCACUAUUCACAUUUAAUUGCUUUUCCAGUUCCAACAAGUCCUUCUUGAGAGUUUUGUGGAAAAUGGUGCUUCCCUGGAACAAAGAGUAGUUGAGGUUUUUUGUGGAACUCAUCAUAGUAUUAUUUGGAGCCUCUGGCUGCAUGCAUUCAGGAUAGAUUUUCAGUAUCCUAUUAAUAUUAUAAUAGUACUCCUCUUAAUACUUUUUGAUGUCUCCAUUGAGAAUAAAAGGACACAAUACCUUCGAAAGAAGAGUUCACAUUAGCAGCACAGCCAGCAAUCUUCAUCUGGUUUCUCUGAUCUCCUACCCCACGCUUCAUAAUAAAUGGGAAAUAAGAUGUUUCUGAAGAUUUUAUAUCCUAGACUGGCCAUUUUGCCACUAUGAGAAUUCCCAGCUGCUUUAUUUAUGGGCCGAACACAAAACUUUUCACCUGAUGGAAGAAACCAUUUAAACCUCAAAUUAAGCAACCCACAGAACCAGGAAAUUCAAGGACCAUGUCUGUUUUCACCACGAUGUCUUUUUUUUUCCCCACUAAGUGCGGGGUACUGUAUCUGCCAGAGUGGGUAUUUGUUGAACAAAUGAAUAUUUUUGCCUACUAGCUUAGUUUUUAAGGAAGUAAUUUUUUACUUGAUUCAUCAUAGCUUUAAUCCUAUUAAAUACUACAAUAAAAAUUUGACAAGACUGAUGCAAA